CUUGAUCUACUUACUAAAAACCAGAAUACUAAUUUGUAAUGGCGGCUAGCAUAAUACCUGAGUGGGUCACUGCGGAACUAUUCGAGGAUGUCCUCAAGUCCAGUGUGGACAAAUACCUAAAGGUCAGGACUUUUAAGGCGGAAAUAGGAUCUGCGGCUGGAGAGAACUACGCCGCCGUCAUGCUGCGGGUGCACAUCGAAGUGGAGCUGCUAGAUGGUAAGACGAAGCUGGUGUCAUACAUGUUAAAGUUACCCCAUCAGUUGGAGGCUAUCAGGGAAAUGAUGAAACACACGAAUGUCUUCGAAAUCGAGCGUACCAUGUACACCCAAGUGGUGCCCGAGAUGGAGGCACUCUACAAGGAGGCCGGCUUGGAGAUCACAUUCGGGGCCAAAAGCUAUGACCUCAAGAACGCCCAGACUGAGUAUAUAGCUAUGGAGGAUCUUGGUGUCAGGGGAUUCAAGAACACCAAUCGCCUUGAGGGCCUCGACCAAGCUCAUGCCGAGAGAGUGCUGCGAAAGUUGGCCCAGUGGCAUGCCGCCACUGCCGUACGGCUAGCCACCAAGGGACAGUAUCCGGAGAUUCUCCUUAAUAGCUACUUCAAGGAGGAGAACAAGGAGAUGAUGAAACAGAUGAUGAGCAGCAUAGGACAGAGAUUUCUCAAAUGUUGCGCACACUACAAAGGAAAUGAGGCGUACAUAGACAAGAUCAAAGCCUUGAAGCCCGUGAUAAUAGACGAGAUGUUCAAGCUUAAUCAGGUUGAUCCCUCGGGCUUCAAUGUUCUGAACCACGGAGAUUCUUGGUCGAAUAAUAUAAUGUUCCUGUACGAUGACUUCGGCAGGAUUGAAGAGGUCUACUUGGUUGAUUUUCAGGCGCCCAAGUAUGGAUCUGUUGCCCAUGAUCUUCUGUACUUCCUGCUCUCAUCCACAAGGCUGGAAGAUAAGCUGAGCAAGUUUGAUUAUUACAUUAAGUUUUAUCACGAUAAUCUGGUGGAGCACCUUAAGAUCCUGAAGUACUCCAAGUCUGUGCCGACUUUGAGAGAAAUUCACAUGGCGCUGCUUAAAUAUGGAAGUUUCGCUUACUCUGUGGCCACUGGAGUUAUGGCAACAGUUCUGGUAGAUCCCACAGACAAAGCCAGUUUUGAGACCUUCAUCAGCGACUCCUCCGAAGGAGUUGAUUUCCAGAUGCAAAUGUUCAACAAUGCCCGCUACCGGGAGCACAUCCAAUUAAUUCUACCCUGGCUGCUCAAUCGUGGAGCCUUGGAUAUCAGUCAGAACUAA